GUGUGAAAGCUGUGUGGAUUUACUGUUUGUGAGAGGAGCUGGAAACUGUCCUGAGUGUGGCACUCCACUUCGGAAGAGCAACUUCAGGGUACAGCUCUUUGAAGAUCCCACUGUUGACAAGGAAGUUGAGAUCAGAAAAAAAGUGCUAAAGAUAUACAAUAAAAGAGAAGAAGAUUUUCCUAGUCUAAGAGAAUAUAAUGAUUUCCUAGAAGAAGUGGAGGAAAUUGUUUUCAACUUGACCAACAAUGUGGAUUUGGAAAACACCAAAAAGAAAAUGGAACUAUACCAGAAGGAAAACAAAGAUAUCAUUCAGAAAAAUAAGUUAAAGCUGCAGGGGAUAGUAGAGGGAACUCAGACAGAUAUUGAUGGAGAUAAAGACACCAUUUAUUAG